GCAUCCCUGCCUGCGCGGGCCUGGCAGUCCGGCGUGAGGCCGCGGCGGACUGCCCUUUCCCAAGAUGGCGUGGAAGAUCGGUUCCAGACGCUGGCUGCUGCAGCUGCUCAUGCAGCUGGGCUCGGUGCUGCUCACGCGCUGCCCGUUCUGGGGCUGCUUCAGCCAGCUCAUGCUGUACGCCGAGAGGGCGGAGGCGCGACGGAAGCCCGACAUCCCCGUGCCCUACCUGUACUUCGACAUGGGCGCCGCCGUGCUGUGCGCCAGCUUCAUGUCCUUCGGCGUCAAGCGGCGCUGGUUCGCGCUGGGCGCCGCGCUGCAGCUGGCCGUGAGCACCUACAUCGCCUACGUGGGCGGCCACGUCCACUACGGGGACUGGCUGAAGGUCCGCAUGUACUCGCGCACGGUGGCCAUCAUCGGUGGCUUCCUGGUGCUGGCCAGCGGUGCUGGAGAGCUGUACCGCCAGAAACCCCGCAGCCGUUCUCUGCAGUCCACUGGUCAGGUGUUCCUGGGCAUCUACCUCAUCUGUGUGGCAUACUCGCUGCAGCACAGCAAGGAGGACCGGCUGGCCUAUCUGAACCGUCUCCCGGGAGGCGAGCUCAUGGUCCAGCUCUUCUUCCUGCUCUACGGUGUGCUGGCCCUGGCCUUCCUGUCUGGCUACUACGUGACCCUGGCUGCCCAGAUCCUGGCCGUGCUGCUGCCCCCAGUCAUGCUGCUUAUCGAUGGCAACGUGGCUUACUGGCACCACACGCGGCGCGUGGAGUUCUGGAACCAGAUGAAGCUCCUUGGCGAGAACGUGGGCAUCUUCGGGGCCGCUGUCCUCCUGGCCACUGAUGGCUGAGUCUUGAAGUGCAGCGGCCUGCCUUCCGCCUUGAUGGUCCAGCUGCUGUUCAUCAUGCUUCUUCGUCUCUUUGGUCCUUUGUGUUUCUUUGUUUUUCAUUUCUUUCACCUUCAUAGUCCCGAGGCAGGUCUUAUCCCUGAGUUCAUGGUUGGAGCCUUGUGUGGUGGGAGCCCUGACACGGAUGCCUCAGGCCUGUUCCUGUUUGUGAGGAAAACUGAGGCUUCCAGGGCAGGGUGGGGAGAGUCCCCAGUGAGGGAGCAGGGCUGUAGGGCUGGGGUGCAGGUCCUGGGAUGGGGGACAGAGGAAAGGAGACAGCCACAGCAGCCCCCAAGGCCUCAUGUGUUUGGGAGGUGACUGGGCUCAUAGCUGACUUGCUGUUAGAGGAGGGGCUGGCAGGAAGGGGCAACCACUGGCUGUGUCGUGUGGUCUGGACGGGUUCAUCUCCUGCCCCGGCUUCUCUGCACCUUUCCCUGCCUCCUGGCUGUCCUGAGGUGAGCAACUUUUCCUCUGCCAGGCCCCCAGCCAAGCCAUCCUGCCUUGGAGCCAGCUAUGUUUGUUUGUUUACUUUUGGGUAUCGGGAAUUGAACUCAGGACCUCACACUUGCCAGGAAGGCACUGUACCACCAAGCUAAACCCCUGGCCCCCUGCCACCAGCUACGGACUGAAAUGUGAGCCAAAAUAAAUCUCCCUGAAGUUGUGGGUAUCUGGUAUUUUGUCCCAGCAACAAGGAAAGUAAAACAGAUUUUGGUACCAGGAGUGGGGUCUUUGCCUUAAUGCUACCUGCCCAUGCAGGUCAGAAGUUUUUGGAGCUGGUUCACUGGAGAAGUCUGGAAAAGUUUAGAGAAGCAGCCCUAGAACACUGUAAGCUGAGCUUGAUGGGAGGUCAUGAUUGGAGCUCAGAAAACCAGGAUGCUGGCUAGGUAGGUGGUAUAUGCUUGUCAUCCUAGCAUUUAGGAGGCUGGGGCAUGAAGAUCACUGCAAGUUUAAGGCCAGCCUGAACUUCACAAGUGAGCCCCUGUCCCAAACCAAAAAACUCCAAACAAUAUUUUACCAGAAUCCUGAUAAAAAGGCAGGCCUUAAAGACCAGACUCAGGACGUUUCACUUAGGGACAGGGAUUCCUUUGGCAGUUGGACUGCAGGUCAUGUUUAUUGCUCUGGUAGAAAGCUUGUGUACCUUUUGCUCUUGUCCUGAGACUGCAGGAAACAGGACAGCAGUCUAACCCGGCAGAGGAGAUGUAAAGGCAACCCAGCGUGAGGGAAGUGGCAUGGGCACUAUUGGUGGCUUUCAACUAUAUCUUCAUUAAGAAUCAAGAGCAAAUGGCAUGGUUGAGUGAUUUUAAAAGUUUUGAUUUUCACAGAAAAACAGUUCCUGUAAAGUUGGAGCAGAGGAGACCCUGGUUUUGGAAAAUAACAAGCAUUAAAAAGAAACCAAGUACCUUGGAUGAGGAUAGUAGGAAAUAAGGGCUUGAGGGCAUGUCAGCAAUUAGCACGAUGCCCUCCUUUGGCAGGCUCAGGAUGCGGGGCUGUAAGACUUUGCUUUGAGAAAAGAGCCCCAUGGCAGCAAGCUUGAGAAAAGCCACCUAGGAAAUGGGUUCCCUGGGAUCCAGUUCACUGCACUCAGGCAUCCAGACACCCAGAGGCCUCUGAAGCUGCCAUUCAGGG